AUGGCCCCCGCCUCCAAGUCCGGCGGCUCGGCCACUGGUCCCUCGACCCGCAAUGGCGGCGGCAGGUACGCCUCAAAGACGGCGUUCGAGGCGCUUGCCGUCGAGGAGAUCGAGAGCGACGAAGAGUCCGAAGUCGAGCCCGAGCCCGUCGUCGAGGCGCCCAAGCCGGCGCCCGUCACCAGGACGGCCCAGAAAAAGGCGGCCAAGGCGGCCCAGCUCGCCAAAAAGCAGUCCAAAUCCGCCAUCAAGUCCCAGAGCCAGUCUCCGGCCAGCACGCCGGAGCAGGGCAGCCCCAAGCUCGGAGACGACGGCCCAGCUCCGGCCGCCGCCGCACCCGCCCCGGCUAGCAAUGGCAUCGCCGCCAGCUCCUCGAACAGUGUCAACGGCGCCCAGAUCGCUAAAUCCGCACCCUCGGCGUCGUCGCCAAGCACCGCUGUGCCCACACCGCCCGCCCCCUUCGCUCCCGAGGCUCCCAAGGUCGCCGAUGUCAAGCCUGUCGCACAAGCAUCGGCACCGACCCCAGCCCCCGCACCAGCAGCGUCGACUCCGUCUUCGGCCACACAGUCAGCCCCCAAGACGACGUUCGAGGUCAACGGCCAGUCCGCUCCCGUCUCGGUCAGCUCCGGCCGCUCCUCGACCACGCCCGCCAAGCGCUCGGACGCUUCGUCCAAGGUCGGCGGGUCCAAGGCCGAGGGUGACAAGGCCGCUGCCGACGCUGCCGCCGCCAAGGCGGCCAAAUGGAAGAAGAUCUGGGAGCGCACGCUCUUCACGUUUGUCAUGAUCUUCGGUUUCAUCGGCCUGCUGCUCCUCGGCCACCCUUACAUGAUCCUGCUGGUGCUCGUCUCGCAGACGCUCGUCUACCGCGAGAUUGUCGCGCUGUUCAACAUCCCCGGCCGACCCUCGGUCACGGGUCGCGGCGGCGGAGGUCGGUCGAGCCGGAUGUCUUCGGCGCCCACCAGCGCCGCCACGAGCGAGGUCGAGGACAACGAAGAGGAGCGCUUCGCCCGCAAGGCCGAGGGCCGGCGGCAGGAGCUGUGGAGCAAGACGCUCAGCUGGUACUUCUUCGCCGUCUGCAACUACUUCCUCUACGGCGAGUCGAUCAUCUACUACUUCAAGCACAUUGUCUUUGUCGACGCCUACUUUAUCCCCUUUGCGCGCCACCACCGCUUCCUCUCGUUUAUGCUCUACGUCUUUGGCUUCAUGGCGUUUGUCUCGAACCUGAGCCGCCCCAACCUCAAGCACCAGUUCGGCCUCUUCUGCUGGGUCCACAUGUCGCUGCUCCUCAUCGUCUUCUCGAGCCACUUUAUCGUCAACAACAUCCUCGAGGGCCUCAUCUGGUUCUGGGUGCCCGCCAGCCUCGUCAUCUGCAACGACGUCUUUGCCUACGUCUGCGGCAUGACGUUUGGCAAGACGCCCCUCAUCAGCCUCAGCCCCAAGAAGACGGUCGAGGGCUUUGUCGGCGCCUUUGUCAUCACCGAGUUCUUUGCCUACGGCUGGGCCACCCUCUUCCAGAGGUACAACUACAUGAUCUGCCCGGCCGUCAGCCUGGGCAUGAACGCCUUCAAGGAGAUCCGCUGCGACGUCAACCCCGUCUUUUUCUGGCACUAUCUGCCGCUGCCGCCCGCCGUGUCGGCGGCCGUGUCGUCGGUGGCGGGUCAGCGCAUCGUCUCGCUGCCCUGGACGCCGUUCCAGCUGCACGCGCUGGUGAUGGCGGCGUUUGCCAGCCUGGUGGCGCCGUUUGGCGGCUUCUUUGCCAGCGGCUUCAAGCGGGCGUUCAACAUCAAGGACUUUGGCGACAGCAUCCCGGGCCAUGGCGGUCUGACGGAUCGCUUCGACUGCCAGUUCCUCAUGGGCCUGUUUUCUUACGUCUACUACUCGUCGCUCAUCCGCGAGCACCACGUCACCGUCGGGUCGGUGCUGCAGACGAUCGUGACGCAGCUCACUCUCGAAGAGUCCAAGGAGCUCUACCACGAGAUCGGAAGGUUCCUCGUCGGCCAGGGACAGCUCGCGCGCGCUUGA